CUGUUUGUCUCUUGUAUUUAUGACGGUCAGUGUCCAAGUCACGCCUCGUGCGUGGAGAGACGGUUCAAUGAGUGGUUAUGCAUCUGUGACACCGGAUAUAUGGCUUCUGAGGACAAUACAGGAUGCAUCACAGCCGCCUAUCACGGAGACGUCUGUGUAUCUCGGUGUGCGGGACUGAACAUGACUUGUGACACGAACACCACGAGAUGUGUAUGUAACCCAGGGUGCCACCUGGCGGCAGACGGCAGAAACUGUGUGCUUAAUGGGUUCUCCCUUCUGGAUGGAGGGUGCAACGUUACUGAGGACUGUCUUCACCCCAGGGAGAAGGAAUGUGUAAACGGCACCUGUGUCUGCCAAGAUGGUCUCCGGUCAUCAACUGAAUUUGAAAUAAGAGCUUUCAACAGUGAACUUCCUCAGUGCAGGAAUUAUUCCUCAGCCCGACUAGUAGGACUAUUCAACAGCUGUACGUUCAACUGGGACUGUCCAUCUAACGCUUUAUGUAAAGAGAGGAACCCGAACGGAACGAUCUGCUACUGUAACGCUGGCUUCGUGUCAUCACUAGACCGGACAGCAUGUGAAGCUGCUGCUUAUUACAAUGACUCCUGUGUUACUCGCUGUGCUGGAAUGUUUACCACUUGUGAUGCGGUUACGAAGCGUUGCGUGUGCAACCCAGGGUAUUACCGUGGGAAUGACGGUCUUAACUGUGUCUUACCUGGCUACGAUCUCCUGGGUCAGGCCUGCUCAAGACGUUGUCAGCUUUCCAAUGAGCAGUCCUGUGUUAACAACGUCUGCUUCUGUAACGCGGGACUUCGACCGAUGACUGGUGAAGAGUUGAUGGCCUUUGAUUACAGGGGCCAGUGCAUCGAUGAGACUUACUUUUUGACUCACUCAAUCGUGUUCGGUGUCUGCUUCAAUGAUGCCCAAUGCCCCCAGAACGCUCGCUGUAGACUUCGGGGUUGCGAUGGAUAUUUGUGCACAUGCUCGGCGGGUUACACACCUUCAAUUGACUACCGCACUUGCGAAAAAGACGCCUUCUACGAUGAACCUUGCAUUACGCGCUGCGCAGGCGUGAACAUGAUUUGCCAUGAUCUCACUAAGACCUGUCGAUGUCAGUCUGGUAUGAUACCCAAUAGUAACGGCAAGCACUGUACCCCUGAGAACAGGCCACUCUUGGGAGAAAUAUGUGACAUGAGCAGAGACGACUGCUACUUAGACGAGGAACAGACGUGUGUCAACGGACGGUGCGCGUGCCGUAAUGGGACCAGACGUGCCACAUGUGACGAAAUCCUGGCCUUCAAUGAUACUCUAAGUCAGUGUAGACCCGAGGAGUAUUCAUUGGAUUUCUGCCUCAAUUUGACCACAACGACAACAACGCUCUACACGUGGCCCUCUGUCUGGACUAGCGGAAGCGUCAGUUUGUACGGAGUAUGUUUGUGGGACUACCAGUGCACCAGCUACGCUGCCUGCAAGCCACGUGACUGCACCGGCAAUGUUUGUUAUUGUAACGUGGGUUAUGUGGCUUCACUGGACUUAAAGACAUGCGAAAAAGCGGCAUAUUACAACGAGACUUGCGUGACACGCUGUGCCGGGCUCUUCAUGAAGUGCAAUCAAGAGAAGAAAACUUGCGAGUGUGAAAAAGGCUACAUUCCCGGCUGCGACGGGACGUUCUGUGAAAGGCCAGGAAGGCCUCUGCUCGGAGAACGAUGCCUGGACACGUGCUUCUUGUCCAGAGAACAAGAGUGUAUCAACGGUCGAUGUGCAUGUCGGGAAGAUCUAAGAAGGGCAACGGACGAAGAAAUCAGAGCCUUCAAUAACGAAACGCUCCAGUGUGUGUUUUCCAACUUUACUUUGGGCUCGUGCAAUCCAAGAUCACCAGAAAAUACGUCUCCAGGAAAUAUGUCUCCAGGACUGUCAUUCAUACCCCACGAAAUCCUGUGGCCGUCGGUUGCCGGUUUUCUCUGCCUGUGCGUUCUUGUUUUUGUUGUGGGCGUUUUGUGUAGAAAGGUUUGCACCUCCGGCAAGAAAGCACCGCCCUCCUCCUCAAAGGAAGAGUCAUCCAUUGAAGACGAGGACCGCCCCUUUUCCUUGCCCCGCCCUGACAUCUGGCAUCAAGGAUUCUACCGUGGCGACAGAAGCUGGGCGUCCGUCCCGGAGGACAGGUUCGGUAACAGCGCCUUUCCUUUCGGCACCGGCCAUUUCUCCACAGGUUCGACGGACUCGACCGAUGAUGCGUGAUAAAUGACAAUACUCAAAAUGUAACUGGACAUACGUCACUUUUGAUGUGAUGUCCAACGCUAGAAUCAAGACCAACCGAAACGACCAGCGAUAUAUGUUUAUGUAUAUUUUAAGAGUUGAUUAUAUAUAAAUAUGUAUGUAUGUUAUAGUUGAAAAUAAUUUAUUAUGAUUCUUUUGUUUGACAACUCAAUGCAAAUAUAGGUAUGUGAUAAAAUCGUGUUAGCUGGAGGAAUAUACAUUGAUAGCUACCAUAAAUUUAAAAAACAUCACGGAAACUGCUUAUAUCAGUCGAUUGUUUGUCAAAGAACACGUUACAGUUUUUUUCUUACACUUGAAAUAGUAAAUAGAAUGAAAUAGAAUGUCAUUGGCCAGAUGUGUGGAACAGUCUGGAAGGCUGGAAUGUCAACGCUGUUUACGCAUCUCGAACAACAGUGCUUCAAUAAUAACAUUUUUCUGUGUUGCCCUAUAUUGUAGAUACUGGAAAAUAAUUUAGCGAUAUAUAUAGUACAUGGGGGAUUACUGGCAUCACUGAAAAUGAGCCUUUGAGAACAUGUGUUGCCCUUUAUUCGGCAAAGCGCGGGUAACUUCCUACAUUCUGGGCAAACGAUGAUGACAUUGUGCAGGUAGACUUUCCAUGUGUCAUUGGACUUUAAUGUAGAUAUUUUAGGAGAUAGUACUACUGUUUAAUACAACUGGCCCAAAAUUCCCUUCAAAUUCUAAAUGUGCAAAUUAGUACAGAUAAAAACAGCACUCAUCUUUGAAUAAGAUAAUGCGACUGAAGGUUAGAAAAAAUAGAACAAAAUCAUGAAAACUUUUGCACGUCGCGUACAAAAAUUUUAAUAACUAGUAUUUUUUUUAAAAUUUAGAACACAUCUUAUGCAGAGUAUUCCCACAAUGCAGCUCUAACGUAAAUGGGAAAGCGAUAAGGCACACCGUGCUCAUUCAUAGAAUGGCGGAAGUUUUCAUGCUUAGUAUACAAUUGCACAGAUGCCGUUGACCCGGUCAAGCUGAGCGACUUCCACUCUUCUGGUUAAUAACAUUUUUUUUUCUUUUGAAAAUAUUACUUUAUCGUCAAAGACCUGUCUGAAUUUAUAUACGUGUUUCGGAUUUCCACCAUCAUUAUGCUACCCUGCUUACAUAUCGUGCAAAUAAUUACGUAUCGAGUGUUCUUGAAUAAUGUACUACUUUUUUUUGCACCAUUGACAUUUCCAAAGACAUUAUAUCGCAUGUAUAACUAUUGCACCAAUGUAAUAAAAGAUUCAUAUAACUGAU